AUGGCCUCAAAUUUGAGAGUUUUCGCCAGAAGACUGGGCAGCGGAACGGUGAAUAAACCUAUUUAUUUGCAGGAAAAGUACAGCAACUUCGUUCCGAGACCUCUUUCCGCUGAUGACCUCCUUCUUUUUGCCGACAAAAAUAGCGUCGAGAAAUCGUUUGAAUUCUUGAAGCAAGAAUUGCCGACGCGAUGGAUGCAAACAUUCGCAGAAAUAAACGCUCUUCCUAUUGAAAAACCGUCUCCAUUGAUGCUCGAAGUAAAGAACAUGAUUCAAGAAACGCUGGAGAAUCUUCUCCCAUUCGCAGAUCAACCAGCAACCGAAAACGUCAUUUCCAAGUUCAACAGUAAACUAGAAGAUUACAUCCAUCGACACAGAACUGCAGUAGACGAAGUUGCGUUGGCCAUUCUUGAGUUUAAAGACGAACAACUAGAAAUGGCCGAGAAAGGGUUGACGACUUUUGACCUCGACGAUGCCGAGGAAAAAGUGCAUUACUUUUUAGACCGUUAUUUUACAACGCUUGUUUCUACUAAUUUAAUCAUUCACCAGCAUCUUCUUAUCCUUGGCAUGAAUAGUGAUCGACAGAAACGGGAGACAGUUCAGCGUACCAAUGUUACAAAAGAAAUUCGAAAAAUCGCUUUGAAAAUUGAAACAGAAUGCAAAAAGUACUACGGGAAGAGCCCAUCAGUAAAAAUAACCGAAUUCGACAUGGGAAAAGCGACCAACGACUCUCAAAUCAACACAAUCUUCAUCCCCUCUCAUCUCGAGCAAAUCUGCGCCGAAUUGAUACGAAACGCAGUGAGAGCAACAGUCGAAAACAACCCCGAUCUUCCGCCAGUGGAAAUAAUCAUUUCUAGGGCGAACGAUAAUGUGACCAUCAAAAUCUCUGACAAAGGAAAAGGUGCGUCACUCCGGGAGCAAGCAAAAUGGGGAGCAUAUCUUUAUACCAAGCCGCCUGAACAGUCCACUUCUAAAAUGCCCCUCGUAGAGCCCCUCGCUGGCUAUGGCUACGGAAUUCCUCUCGCUGCAGUUUACGCUAGAUAUCUCGGCGGAGACGUAGUGAUUCAAAGCCUUCAAAACUACGGCACCGACGUCGUUAUUUACCUCCCAUCCAAUGCCAAAGACCUGAUAGAAGUCCUCCCAGUGUUCACAGCUAAAACCAAAGAGUACUACAAUUCCCAGAGCCGAAAAAAGACCUGGAUCACUGGAAAGUCGAGCGAAAAAGGCGAUAUCGUCUUUGACAGUUAA